AUGCUCCCUGGCCACCGUGCCCUCGAGGGCUUGCCUGCUCGCCCACCCGGCGCCGCCCUGACCAGAGCCGAACCGGGGCAGAGCCGUGACCAGAAGCCCAAGGUACUGCCUUGCAAGUACUGCAACAAGCGCUUCAGACGCGUUGAGCAUGUUCAGCGACACGAGAGGACCCACACCAAGGAGAAGCCCUUCUCCUGCGACUGGGACCGCUGUGGCAAGACUUUUGGACGCCGUGAUCUUCUCGUCAGGCACGAGAAGCUAGUGCAUCUCAAUGAGGGCAGCAAAGACAACAGGCAAACGCACACCAAGAUGUUGCACGGCCUCAUGCUCCGCCUCCUCCGCCCCAACCCCCUUUACAACCGCAACAGCAACAUCCACAACGGCUUCAAGCACAACAGCAGCACCAACAUCAACCGCAACUACAACAACCUCCGCUGCACGCCUAGGCCGGUCGCCUGCAACCUCGAUGUCUUGUCCGAUGCGGCGGCGCUGGCCACCGAGGUCAAUCCUAUGCAGCCAAUGGUGAGCGAAAUGGCGGACCACCCUGCUCAUUCUCAAGACAAAGUCUACGGCGAGCCCAUGGAAGGGUACCCGCCACAGCCUCUGUACGACGACUAUAAUCUCUUCUUGGACGACCUGGCCGCGUCGCCGCAUCUUAUCCCGCCGCACUUUGAGCCGGAUGAGCAACUUGCCACGUGGGCUCGCUCGCCUGCCAGGCCUCCGUCUCAGUUCCCCUCUCGCUUCGCAUCUGUUGCCCCAGAUAUUCGUGAACCCGGAGAUUCAUUGUAUCGCCCACACGACGAGUUUUCGCGAGCGCCAUCUUUCCGCAUUUCCGCCCUCGACCACGGUUCCAUCAGGAGCCGGAUGGAGGAGUAUUCGGCAGUUUUGCCAAGCGACUUCGUCUUUCCCUCUCGCCACACUCUCACUAGGUUUUUCGAGGGCUACGUCACCGGAUUCCACGAGCAGCUCCCGUUUCUGCACCUUCCCACGCUUGCGCCGGCAGAGCUUGGCCCAGAACUGCUGCUCGCCAUACUGGCCGUCGGUGCUCAAUAUCGAUUCGAGAGCAAUCGGGGGUAUGCCCUCUGGUAUGCGGCCAAGGCCGUGGCAGCGGAGCAGAUUCGGAGACGCCACAGCUCAGAAGUGCACGCACUUCUACCGACAGCCGCAGCCUACAGCCCGCACUCGACGCGGCCGUCUCCAAGUACCAGCUACCGGCAUUCCUUUGCUUCGGCACAGUCGGAAAGGCCGACGACCCAGGACACGCAUCGUGAACCAUACUCUCCCAACAACCCCCAAGCUCGACUAGAAACGAUCCAAGCAGCCCUGAUCCUCUUCGCGAGCACCCUGUCCAUGUUGAUCCGCCAGGAGGGCUUGCAUGUUGAAGCGAGCCAGGCGAUGCUUACUGACUGGGACUCGUGGGUGAGGUUGGAGGGGGCCAACAGGACAAAACUCCUCGCGUAUUGCUUCUUUAACCUCUGCAGCACCGCGUACGACAUGCCUCCCCUGCUCAUGACGUCGGAACUGAAUCUCUACUUACCCCUGCGCGCCCGACUGUGGCGCGCCGAGACGGCCUGGCAGUGGCAGGAGCUUCGACAGUCGACACCCGUGGCCGAAAUCACCGUGCAUGAUGCCGUCUCGCGACUAUUUGACCGAGCCAAUCAGGGGCUCCCGGCGCAUCUGUCGUCCUUGGGUUACUAUAUUCUCAUUCAUACCUUGAUCCAGCACGUCUACCUCUUGAAGCAGACGUCGUUUGCGGCCGGCCCGCCUUUUGGUACCCGCCAGAUACUGAAGCCCGAGGAUGCGGAGGACGUGACGCAGGCACUGCGCGUCUGGCAGACGAGCUUCGAACACCGUCGCCACGGCUCGCUGACCUUUAACGCCACGGCUCUCUUGCGGCUUGUGUAUAUUCGACUCUACGCGGACAUGGCACCAAAGAGGUCACUGGAGACAAGGGAUUCGACGCUGAUCGCAUCGGCGCUGAGCGCCACGCCUCCGCUGCUUCGGGGCCCAAGACUGCACCGCGCUGUUUUCCAGGCUGUCCAUGCGCUGUCCAUGCUUGUGAAAGCCGGCGUAAACUACGUGGCGAGGGCCAAGUCAACGGAAUGGGGCAUCCAGCUAUCGCUGUGCAAUUUUGAGUGCGCCAUGUUGCUCGCCAAGUGGCUUAUAGCCCUCUCGGCAAUCAGGCCGCCGGAUCCGCCGGCGUCUCCGGAAGAAAAGGGCGUGCUGGAGAUGGUUCGGCGCUUGCUGGACGAGACGGAGUUUGCGGUUCCCAUGGAUAUGGCAACUAGCGACGGGGCCAAGCUGCGGCAGCUGGCGAGCGCGGUGGUGCGGCUCUGGGCGGAGACGUUCAAGGGGACGCAUAUCUUCGACUUGAUCAAGGUCAUGGGGGCAAGCUUGGACGGGUACGCAGACUUGGUAGACAGGCCGCCAGACCGGGGCUCAGUGAGCAAGAUGGCAUCAGAGGCCGGCAUGGGAUAA